GAGUCAAAACCGGAUCGGUCCGGAAGUUUUCCGUUCUCUACCACCCAUCAUCAGCAGCAGCAGCAGCAUCUAAAGUGACUGGACACUCACUCACCUACCUACUACCGCUACUGCCUGUGUUGUUUCUGUUCUUGUUGUUGCUCUCUCUGGUACCAUCUCGGCGAUUUGUUGUCGCUGUUGUUGUUAAUUUCCCUCGCGGAAGGUGCCAAGAAGGCAAAGAGGGCUGGAGUGGGGAAGGAAGUGGUUUAUCUUACAAUCUAUCCCGUCUUUUGUGCGGUGUGCUCACCUCAGUCAGUGGCCGUACAGUGAGGUAUUUUGCGGUGUAUGGUGGCAGCGUGUGAUUGUGCAAAUUUCGGUGGUUCAGAUUGCAUCGGAUAGCUGCUUGGCGUGUUUUUUUUUCUUUUCGGCAUUCUCUGGAAAACCCAAGCGAGCCUGAGCAUUAGAGGCAGGACGAAGGUUCAUGUCUCGUGCUACAAGCAGAUGUUGUCCAGUCUAGUCUGGGACUGCAAGCAUAAGUGAAGACGAGAUCGGAUUUCGAGGGAAAGUGCACAGUUUAAUAAAGUGGAAAAUCCGAAAAUUGCGAGCAUCUUGUGCAGGCCCGGACCAGGUCCGUGUGUGUAGAGAAAGGUGAUUUUUCAUAUUUUCUGCUCUUUUGCCCUUCCUUCGUCGGCACACAUACACACACUCCACUCUCCGGAAGAUAUCGAAGCAGCAGCAGUGCAUCUGUGGAGUUUUCCCCGUGUGGAGUGCUCGGCUGGAGGGCUUGGAAAAUAUGACAAGGGUGCUCCACAACACACGGCUGCUGGUGCUCUACGGUAGGAGAAAAAUGUUGGAAAAAUAACAGAAUCAAACCCAAUCAAGUGAAAAUUUAUCAAAAGUGGAUAGCAGCAUGGGUGCUUGUAGCAUGCAAGAAGAGUUCAGCUUGGUAAUAACCCUCAUUUGUGGACUAUCCGACAAGUGAUGCCACUACAUAAUACCCUCUUGGACCGUUCGAGUGGAAAAGUUUUAUUGGCCGAAGAAGAUAUAGAGUGAGAACGGAGAAAAACAAAUCAGAUUGAAAGCAUUGUACUCCCACAGUGUGAUUAAGUGUGCAGAAUCAGCAUCUUUCUAUCUGGAUAUGUAUGUAGCUGCAGCAGCCAUCUACUGACGUUAGAAAGUUUUCCGAAGCACCGAAAAAAAACUCAACUUCCUAUCCAAGUGGUUCCAGAAACAUCAUCAGGCACAAAACCGACUCUCUCACACAUACACACCGGGUGUAACAAGUUCUAAGAGUGACGUGCUUGCGCUCCUGCCACGGGUCGGUCUGUGAAGUGUACGUGCCGUGCUUGGAAAAUAGAAUCCGAACAGAGCCAAAAUUACUAGUGCUACACAAGCCAUAAAGAAGCAACAGACUGCACCCGGAGCACAGCACAUCGCAGCAGUGCAGUCGUAAAAUAACCCACCUUUCGUCGGGAAUCCAGCAAAUAACCAAAAAAAAAAGGAAGUGUAACGAAAGCAAGAGUUCAGAAUCGUUAUUCAAUUUAGCUCGCGUGUGUAAGAGCUGGCAAAAUUUCAAUCUUGUAUUCCGGCUAGAUUUUCCACACGGGAAUGAAAAGCUGGUAGUCAGUGCAUGAGACGUGAUAAUCGUACUAAAAAAAUUAGAAAAAGAAAACUCGACAACCGGGUUGUGCGCGCCAGAUGUGGUCAAAUCGAGGGGAGUGAGCGAGAGGUAGUGAUUUGUGAAAAUUGUGUGUGGUGAUUGCAAAAAAAAAAAUUGUUACGAAGCCAGUCAGUUAAGUGCACACGUGUUCCGGGUUGUCCAAUGAAUCGGAUGGACACGUAUGGAGCUGCAAUUGGAAUAAACAACUAAUUCUACAUCGGUCGGACGAUCAACGAUACAGACACACGAACGUCUGAGUUUGCAGCAAUCGUUGAAGACGUGGAAAAUUAUAAAUAAUUCAAAAUGACUGGCAAUGGAUUGGUAGUGAUUGCUGGUUCAACAGGUUGGAGACAUUUUCCUUUGGAUUAAAUGGGGCGAUGUUUAUCGUAGCACAUUGUAGUCACAAUUCGACACACAAAGCACGGUGAUGGGUCAUUCUCGCCAUCAGCACCAUCACCGGGAUCAUCGCUGUCACUGCUGCCGGUCCAAACCAACGCCAUGGCUGAUCGCACUCGCCCUCGCUCUUCAGCUAGCAUUCCACCAGAGCUCCGGCCAUGCCUUGGAACAGCAGCAACUCAUUCAAGCCGAUUCUUCCGAUCUGGAGUCAUCCACCGCCGCCGCCGCCGCCACUGCCGCCAUUACUCUCCCGCCGUGUGAGCCAAAAGUGCUAGAUGAGCUGCCGCCCGAUCCGUUCUACGACGUAUCGGAACUCACCAUUCAAGCUGCCAAAUCGUUUGCCGACUUCCUUGCCGCCAAACGGAUCGAUACUAGCAAAGAUGACCGGAAGUUGAAAAUUGCUCGCGAUAAGGCCAACGACCUGGCCACUGGCGUACUCCGCGAGGAUAGUGGCCUGCUGGCGGUUGGAAUUGCUUCCCCUCGGCUCCCAUUGGCGGUGGUACAGUUCCGUGACAAGAUCGACGCCGCCCAUGCCAAUCUUUCGGAGAGUAGGAAUUUUCUGUCCACCUACUGGCGAGAGCUGGGAGCCGCGUGGAACCAAAGCAACGGGGCUCAGUUCUGGGGUGCACCCUUCCGGGACUGUGGCCCCCUGUACGGGCGGUGGCUGUGGCCUUUCAGCGUGACGGUGGAAUCGCAAGGAUACAAGAUCGUUGCCUCGGCAUUCAUAGCGGCCGACGUGGACCAAUGCAACGACGCACUGGAAGGAAUCUUUGGCCGGCGGCACAUUUGCGAUCGAGAGUCCACCUUCUGUCUGAUGUCGGACACGAUGGAAUCAGCGGAAACCGCAAGCCGAGGGCAGUACACCUGCGUGUGCCGCGUUGGCUACUACAUCCCGAACGAAUCCAUCCAGGGUUUCACCUUGGAUAGGAACGAAGCGAAUUUAACAAAUUUCAGUUGCAUCCCGUGCCCGAGCGCGUGCGAGUGUAAUUGGGCCGGCAGCUGUACCAGUCCGGAUGAGGACUUUAACAUGGAAACGCUGAUGAAGGCCACCAUUGGUGCUAUUUUGGGAGCAUGUAUGCUUUGUUGUUUAGUGUUAGCGUUAAUCGUGUUCCGUCAACGAAAAUGCAAGACCAUUGCAACGGGGAUGUGGACCAUUUUAGAGACAAUUUUAUUCGGAAUUUUACUUUUGUAUCUAGCGGUGGCUCUACACUUUCUGCAAGCGUCGACAUUGCGCUGCCUGCUGGAGCCCUGGUGCCGCGAGCUGGGCUUCAUCAUCUGUUACGGUGCAAUCGUGCUCAAACUUUACCGCCACCUGGUGGAAUUCCGCACCAGAAAAGCUCAUCGAUGGGUUGUGAGAGAUUUAGAUCUACUGCGCUAUCUGUGCGCGAUGUGCGUUGCGGUGCUGUGCUAUCUGGCCGCCUUCACCGCCACCAGCAUGGACUUUCUGCGGUACAGCGAGUUGGUGUGGAAGGUGGAAAACACCGACGACCAAGUCACGUCCAACAUGUGCCGACCGCUUAAGUGGGACUACGUGACCGAGGCCGGAGAGCUGCUCAUACUCGGUUUCGGUCUGCAGCUGGCCAUCGUCAGCCGCAAUGCCAAUACACAAUUUAGGGAACGUCAGUUUCUCGUCGCAUCAAUCCUAAUCGAAUUCCUCGCAUCGGCCACAUUCUACAUACUGCGCUUUUGGUAUUUGGGAGAGUUCAAUCCAUCGACACUAUUCCUAGCGCUGUUCAUUCGAUCUCAGCUGACCAACACAGUCACUCUCGGACUGAUAUUUCUGCCCAAACUCUGGUACCAGCAUAAGCAGGUUCGUUCCCUUGCCCAUGAAGUAUCAUUCCGCUUACCUGUGGACGCUUUCAAGGGUGCACACGACAGUUCCCACCACGGCGGCGGCCUGGGCACCUACGCCGGAAUCUGCAUCGGUGAUCCGGAGGUCGGCGACGUCACCAUCUCCGAGAUGAGCCCCGAGGACAUCCGCGCCGAACUGAAAAGACUGUACACACAACUAGAAUACUUAAAGAAUAAGACACUCCGGCAGGACAAUCCACACAUUAGCAAACGAAGGGGAGGCCGCAAGGUGGCCCACCGUAGAUUCUCGUUACAGAAAAAAGGAAGCAGAGAAAAGGCACUAAGCGCCAAACAUCGCAACAAUCGUCCAGCGGUCAGCGAAGUGGAAGUGACCGAAGCAGAACCGUCCCGCACACCGGAGGACUCGGUGUGCAGCGUGGAGGGCCCAACCGAAACCGGGCCCGAGAUUUCGGGCAUCUCCAGCUCGAAAUAGCCAUCAACCACCACCACCACCACCUGUAGUGGCAGCAAUCACCACCAGCAACAGCAUAAUCAUCGCAAUAAUCAUUCUCAUCAUCAGCUAAAACAGCAGUCGCAAAAGUCACGCUACCGAGAGUACAAUUUUUAAAUGCAAAAGAUAAGCAACAAAUAAUAGAAAGCAGACAUUUUUAGAAGCAUUCGUUUAUUGGACGCUUGCCAGAGCUGCCCCGCCCGGCGUGGAACGGAAACCGUAGGUUAAUCGAGCCAUGUUUUCAGGUGGUACGUGGCGCUCUGUGGUAUGUUAUUAUACGGAUAUUAUUAUUAUUAUUAUUAUUAUUGUUAUUACCGGGAAAAAAGCUAUUUACCAUCAUCGAUGACAGUUUUUGAAACACUGACAGUUUUGUAAUUUGUACGACAUUUGCGCAGACUCAAAAUAUCACGACAUCUUGACAGGUAACGUUACAGCUUCAGCGGUGGGCGUGGAAGGGUUUUGGAUGGGUUGUACCUCCUGUGCAUCAACUACCAAUGCUUUGGUUGGUUCAAUUUACUAGGACACUUUUAUCAAUUUUACACAUAUUGGGAUAAACUACAUACACCCAAACA